AUGCCUAACGGAGACGGAAGCGGUGCCGCUGCUGGUGCUCAAGGUGCUGUCCAACCUGAGGCUCGUGGCCAGAACUACGGAGUCGGGGGCCAUCCGCCAAUCGAGCGGCUGGUCGGACGUGACAACUGGCGGACGUGGAGGUUCGCAGUGCGCACGUACCUGGAGAUAGAGGACCUGUGGGACGUGAUUGAACCAGCUCAAGGCACGGCCGUCGACGUGAAGAAGGACCGGAUCGCUCGAGGGAAAAUCAUUUUCUUCCUCGAUCCGUCGAUUUUCCACCACGCGGAGAACGCGAAGACUGCCAAAGAGUUGUGGACGAAGCUGUGCGGCCUGUACGAGGACACUGGAUUAACCCGUCAGUGGGCGCUCCUGCACAAGCUCAUCACGACGAACCUGGCGAGCAGUGGGUCCAUGGAGGCGUACGUGAACCGGAUGACGACUACAGCGAAUCAGCUUAUCGGAAUCGGCUUCCCGCUGGACGAGAAAUGGAUCGGCAUGAUGCUGCUGGCGGGACUACCGCUGGACUAUCGUCCGAUGGUCAUGGGGCUCGAGAAUUCCGGGAUCGCAAUCACUGGUGACGCCAUUAAAACCAAAUUGCUCCAGGAAGACGACCUGCCAGUGGAACCAGCCGGAGGACAAGCGUACGUGUCCAAGGGACGCUACAAGGACAACAAGCAGAGCAAGCCUCAACCGAGUGCUGCUCCAAGCAAAUCGAAGGGAUCGAAGUGUCACCGCUGCGGCAAAGCUGGCCAUUUCGCCAGGGACUGCACAGCCAAGGAACCAGUGCGCAACGACCGCGACGGCAAGAAGAAAGCUUUCUGUGCCGUGCUCUCGGUGCUGGAUUCGGACGACGCCAACGAUUGGUACUUCGACUCCGGAGCUGUGAAGCACUUGACCAAGAACGAGGCGCUGCUGGAGAACCCCCGGACGACGUCUGGAAGCAUAAUAGCGGCGAACAACCAGGCGAUGAAGAUCGUUGCUGAGGGAACUACGACGUUGCAGCCGACGUGCUACGACGACACCAUCGAGAUCGAGAACGUUGAACUAGUGCCGGAGUUGGCGGUCAAUCUACUUUCCGUCGGGAAGAUCGUGGAUCAAGGCCAUACCGUCGUGUUCAACCGAGAUGGAUGUGAGGUGAUCGAUGAAGACAACAGUGUCUUCGCGACUGGGAGCAGAUCGAACGGGCUGUUCAAGUUGGACCAGAUCAAGCCGAGAGCGCUGGCGUGCUCUUCCCGCGAAACUGCUGAGCUGUGGCACAAGCGUUUGGGACACAUGUGCAUGAAGAACCUGAUCAAGUUGAAGAACGGUCUCGUCAACGGAAUCAAGUUCGAAGGCAACGAGUGUGGCAGAGGCUGCAUUGUCUGUGCAGAAGGUAAGCAGACACGAUUGCCAUUCAGCCACGCAGGGACUCGUGCGGCUGGAAUCCUGGACCUGGUGCACUCGGAUAUCUGCGGCCCGAUGGAAGAGAAGUCGUUGGGUGGCUGUCGCUACUAUCUCAGCUUCACCGACGACAAGACGCGCAAGAUAUUCGUCUACUUUCUGCGAACCAAGUCCAAAGAAGAGGUUCUGCAGUGCUUCAAGGAUUUCCACGUGACUGCUGAGCGGCAAACGGGCUGCAAGCUGAAGGUGAUUCGGACGGACAACGGCCUGGAGUACACGAAUCGGUUGUUCCAGGACUACCUGUCGGGGAUGGGGAUCCGUCACCAAACCACCGUGGAGUACACCCCUGAGCAGAACGGACUCGGAGAAAGGGUCAACCGGACUGCCGUGGAACGCGCUCGAUGCAUGCUGUUCGAAGCUGAUCUGCCAAAACCGUUUUGGGCAGAGGCUGUGGCUGCUGCGAUCUACCUGAUCAACAGGUCGCCGACGAAGGGCAUCGAGAUGACACCGGAGGAAGCGUGGUCAGGUCGCAAGCCGGACUUGUCACACGUACGAGUGUUCGGCACGAGCGCGAUGGCUCAUGUACCGAAGCAGAAGCGCCGCAAGUGGGACAAGAAAGCCGUGGAAUGCAUUCUCACUGGCUACGAAGAGGACACCAAGGCGUACCGCUUGUACGACAAGAAGACGAGGUCGAUCAUCAACAGCCGAGACGUGACGUUCGUGUCGGAAGGAGUGGUCAAACGUGGAGUGACCGCUGAACCGAGGGCUAGUGGACCGGAGCGGACAUGUGUGCGGUUGGACUUUUGGGACUACGUGCCAGCGGAUGUCGUUCAAGAGGUUGUUCCACCGGAAGCUGCGGAACCACAAGUGGAGCCUGACGAAGAACCUGAAGAUGCAUUCGAGUCGGCCGAGAGCAGCGACGACGACGUGUCCUUUGCUGAAGAUGACCCGUUGCCUGCGCUCCCGCCACAAUCAUCUUCAGAACCACCCAAAGGGGGGUUGAGGCUCAGUGGUAGGGAGCGUUUUCUUCCAGAUAAGACGACGACGAUGACCAAUGCAGCCGCGAGGCCCGAGGAUCCUGCCGCUGCGCCCCCGUCGUGCUCUUAUCAAAGAUCAGUUGCCGAUGACGGUCAACAACGAUUGAUGCUUUGCGAUAGGGGGCGCCCGCCCCAAGGCAAGUAUUCUGACAACCCUGAUGAAUCACCCGAUACUGGUAUCGACACUCCACAGCCGCUUCUGGAUGAUCCGUUCACGCACCAACAAGCCCUGGCUCGGGACGACGCUGAACACUGGAAACAGGCCAUGAAGGAUGAGUACGAAGCCCUCAUCUCAAACGGAACGUGGGAGCUGUGCGAUCUACCAGAAGGACGUUCGGCGAUCAAGUGCAAGUGGGUGUACAAGACCAAGCUGGACGUGAACGGGGACAUCGACCGGUACAAAGCGAGGCUGGUCAUCAAAGGAUACUCGCAGCGAAAGGGGGUAGAUUACGAAGAGACCUACGCCCCGGUCGUUCGCUAUAGUUCGCUGCGAUAUCUCUUCGCACUGGCUGCCCGUCUGGACAUGAAGGUCGACCAGAUGGACGCAAUUACGGCCUUCCUGCAAGGAGAACUGUCGGAGGAGAUCUACAUGGAGCAACCCCCUUGCUUCGUGGACGGCAAGAAGCGGUCCAAGGUCUGCCGACUCAAGAAGGCGCUGUACGGGCUCAAGCAAUCCAGUCGUGUCUGGAACAAGAAGCUGGAUGCUGCCCUGAGGAAAUUCGACCUGGUAUGCACCGAUUACGACCCGUGUGUGUACACCAAGGUGCGCGGCGACAAGAUGCUGUUCGUCGCUGUGUACGUGGAUGAUGUCCUGAUCUUCUCGAACUGUGACCGCUGGAAGACGGAGAUCAAGGCCCAACUCAGCCGGGAGUUCAAAAUGAAGGACAUCGGACCUGCGAAGUACGUUCUGGGGAUCCGGGUGAGCCGGAGCAAGGACGAGAUUGCCCUGGACCAGGAGAAGUACGUGGAAGCGAUCCUGAGUCGAUUCCAGAUGACGGACUGCAAGCCCGUCAGUACGCCCAUGAACGUGAGCGAGAAGUUGACGCGCGACGCGUGCCCGUCGACUGACCAAGAGAAGGAGAGGAUGAAGUCCGUGCCGUACCAAGAAGCCGUUGGGUGCUUGAUGUACUUGGCCCAGAGCACCAGACCGGACAUCUGCUACGCGGUCAACAUCCUCAGCCGCUUCAACUCGAACCCAGGUGAGAAGCACUGGUGUGGUGUGAAGCAUCUGUUCCGCUACCUGCGCGGGACCUCGAAGUUUCGUCUGACCUACACGAAAGGAGGAGCUUCGAAGAUCGAAGGUUUCUCGGACGCCGACUGGGCUGCUGAUCUGGAGGACCGGAAGUCGAUCACGGGGUACGUGUUCACCGCCCAAGGUGCAGCCGUGUCCUGGAGCUGCAAGAGGCAACAAACCGUUGCACUCUCGACCUGCGAGGCCGAAUACAUGGCGUUGUCGGCUGCGGUGCAGGAGGCGCUCUGGUGGCGCCGGUUGCGGGGACGUAUCGAGUCGGAGGAGGCGAUUACGAUCCACUGCGACAACCAAAGUGCGAUCGCGGUCGCACGGAACGGUGGCUAUCAUCCGAGGACGAAGCACAUCGACAUACGACACCAUUUCAUCCGGGACGCGCUGGAGAAAGGCGAGGUUGUCGUGGACUACGUUCGGAGCGAGGAGCAAACAGCGGAUGGUCUAACCAAACCGCUGUGCCGUACGAAGAUGGAGAUCUGCCGAGAUCAACUUGGUCUGCAGCAUCCCUAG